AUGCCUCUCACCGAGGCUACCGUCGAAUACCAUCUCGCCACUAGCUCUGACCACUUCACACUCAGCCUAACUCUCCCCGACGCCAGGCCAGCUCCGCUUCAACCGGGCAGGAUCAGGGUGACAACGGAGGACGAAGUCAAACGAUUCGUCGAGAUUGUAGAGUUCGGAGCCUCAGAGGUCCCUCACGCGGACUCGGCGACAUUGCGGGCGAUAAGGAGAAUCUAUCCUCGUGGCUUCAACCAAGAUGUCCAGAUGGCUAGGAGAUGCCUUUAUCGCGUGAUGGGCAAGACAAAUGCACUUCGACGGGCUACACUAGAGCGCCGAACUUUAUAUGACGACAUUGUAGACCCCUGGACACCCGUCUCUCCUCCCAGAUCGAUCCUGUUCUCCACUGAAGUCUCUCUGGAUGAGGCGCAGUACGCGACCAUCCAUACAGGCAAUACAUCUGCAGGGGUAAACAUAAACAGCAUCACCGUCAACCUUCUCAAAGCCGCGUGGCACAUCCUUGGGACGUGCAUCCGCCGUUUGUUUGAAAGAUGCCUCUCCACGGGCCAUCAACCCAAACCGUUCAAGGAGGCAGAAGUGGUCAUGAUCGCCAAACCUGGACGACGCGAUCUCACCGAGCCACGGACUUGGCGAACGAUCUCUCUGCUCUCUUGCCUUGGCAAGGGACUGGAGCGACUGAUCGUACGCCGCCUGGCGUGGGCAGCUGUUCACUGCAGCCUCCUCCACUCACAACAGGCUGGAGCGCUCCCCAAAAGGUCGGCAACAGACUUGGUGGCCGCCCUGAUCCGUGAUAUCGAAGAAGCGUUCGCACGCAACAGGGUGGCCACGCUCGUCACGAUGGACAUCCAAGGUGCCUUUGACACCGUCAUGCGCAACAGACUGGUCUUGCGUCUCCGUGAGCGAGGAUGGCCGGGCCAUCUAGCUAGAUGGGUCGAGUCUUUUAUGCAGGAUCGUUCAGCCCGCGUGAGAUAUCAGGAUACCCUCACUACCUUUGCUCCUCUUCAUUGUGGCCUGCCUCAAGGCUCACCAGUGUCGUCUAUCCUCUUUUUGCUCUAUAAUGAGCCAAUCUAUCGACUAGGCAACCCCCAGGGCCGCUUCGGCUACGCAGACGACACGGCUAUCCUUUCUAUAGGCGACACAAUAGAUGAAACCAUUGCCAUGGCCUCCAGCUCCAUCGAUGAGAUGGUUCGAUGGGUGUAG